GGGAGCUUUCGCUUCGAAGGCUCUCGAAGAGCCCGUUUUCUUCGAAGCUAUAAAUAUGAGAGUUUCGAAAUUUCUAUCGUCGUCUUUUGCCUUUCAGUUUCUCAACUCUCCCUUAAGCAUACUCAACGUUAACGAGGCAAGCGAAUUUGAAAUCGGAUCUCCAGAAGCUAUAAUUGGAUCUACUCGGAUAUCCUGUAUCCGAACUGGUCUCUCCGUGGAUUGAAAGUUCGUUAUCCCGUUGUUAAUUUUAUACAAUUUAUAGUUUCUCUUUUAAUCAAUCGCGUUUGGUAAAUUGAUGGGCUGUCUUUGAUAUAUUACUCCAUAUUUAGGUAAUGUAGAGACAGACUUUGGUUUAGAUUGGAGUAUAUUCUGCUUUCUGAGAAAUUUGUUCAGUUGACGCGGUAUUGUUUGAAAUGUUGCAUUUUUUGAUUUAGUUGGUGAGGUUGCGAAAUAUCAAUUUUCGCUUUCUCUUUGGCGAAACAUUUCGCUAGGCUUGUUUCAUUGAUUCUUUCGUUUGUGCGCGUACGUAUGUGGUGCCUUCUAUGUUUUAAGAAAUUCGCUUAAGUAAAUGAAUUCUUCAGGUUCGGGGAUAUCGAAUUCGCUUUGAGCUACGAUAAUCUAUCUAUUCGGCUGUUUUCUUACCGUGCAAAAUCUGCAAUGUGUGAACUAUGGCGAAUGUGAUUCUUGGUUGAAUUUGAUGACGCCGAAGUUUCAUUCUCGUCCUGUAUCGGACAAUGGCUUGCGAUUGAUUUCUGUGUUCGAUUCAAUUUUUGGUUGAAUCUGGUUGUUUAUUUUCAUUGGAGUAUGGCGAUGGCUGUGCUGGUAUCGUAGCAAAUAUGCUACGUAUUAUACGAUUACGCUUUUGAACUUUGAUUUUAUGAGUACAUUUUUGCUUGAAAUCAUAAAAUAUGCGCGAAGCUAGGGUAAUGAGAGUGAUUUUGCAUGUUUGAUGCAUGUGGUGGUGUCUUUGCUUCGGUAGAUUUUCUCAUCAUCAACUACAAGGUUUUUUGUAGUCGACAUUUUCAUGCGGUCAUUCAUUUAUGGUUUUCUGGCAUAUCAGGAACUUCUUGGAUGAUAUGUAUUGUGCUUGAAAGUUGAAAAAGUUACCAACAAAGAGUUUUCCUACGCUAAAUAUUAUUGGAAAAAAAAAAAAAAAAAAAGCUUACGAGUUGAGAUUAUGACUAGUUGCGCUUGAGUGAAGCAUAUUGGCAACUGCAUCGGUUUUCCUGUAAGCUGUUUUCAAGGAAUUACAUUUCAUCAAUGGAAGUACGCUCAUUUACAUGACAUUAUUUUCAUAUUUCUAGCAGUAUUCGUAGCUUUUUCAUCCAUGUUUUAGGUAUUUUAAUACUUCAGGUUGCAGGUGAUGAUACUUGGUUCCUUAUCUAGGUCAAUGACAUCUAUAGCUUUUUAUGCUAAAGUCAUUGGAAAAGCUAGUUGAGUUGGCUAGGAUAGAUGGUUAUCUAGGUCAAUGACAUCUAUGGCUUUUUAUGCUUUAAAGUCAUUGAAAAAGUUAGUUGAGUUGGCUAGGAUAGAUGGUUAUCAUUUUUUUCCUUCUCUCUUUUUGUUUCUUUUCCCUAGAAAGUUCAACUUUGGCUGACUAACAGAAGAAAGGCCAUUGUUAUGGAGCGCCAUUUAUUCUUUUCUUCCCCAUGGCCUGUUCUAGGUCCUUAUUAUGUCCUUUUACCCCUACCUCUUUAUAACUUCAACGUCUUUGCGACCCUCCAAGAUUAAAAAUUGUGCUGAAGAAACAGUUAGUAUUUGUCAGCCUUUUGUUUUCGCUGUUAGUGUUUAAGGAAGAAGGAACCGUUCCUUACAAGAAUUGGCCAUUGUAAUCACCACCUCUCUUACUUGUCUUCAGUUUCAUUUCUUGACCCCUAACAAGCUGCCGAGGUCCUUUCUCCUUUCUAAUUCUUUAACUUUUCUUGAAGCCUGUCAAUUUUAUGAUCCAUGUUAGUGCUGCUCCACUAACUGGGUAAGGACUGCAUCUUGAAUAGGCCUCAUGAUAGAGAAGGCUGAAUUUCCUUUCUGACAACCAUACCUUUAAGUAUGACAAUUCUUGCAGUUCAAGACUUGAUUAGUUAGAUAAUGAGAGAAUUUGCUGAGCAAAAUUAUGAUUGGAGAAAAGCCUGUCAAGUCUUUUGAGAUAAGAUUUAUGGUAAGUUCCGUUGUCGAUGGAGACUUGGAGCAGCAUUGCAGAUUGAGGUAGGCUUGUCCUUGUCGGACAACCAACAUGACACAUUUAUUCAAGCUCACACUCUUGCCCGUUAUUGGUUAUUGUUCUUUUUAAGUUUUCAGAAUGCAUUUGAUCGUGUGAUGCAUUGAUUUUACCUUAGGUUGGGGCGUCUAUUGGCCAUCCAGUAUACUGGAUUUGGUUCUGAUACCUCUUCAAGGAAUCAAGUGAUCAUGAGAUGCUAUUGUUUACUAUUCACAGCUGGAGGCUCGGGAGUUCCAUAGUAUGGGACUCUUAUAGAUCUACUUGUUUUGAUGAGCCCUUCUCUCCAAGUAUUGCUGAUUGGAGCCGUUCAACCUUACUUGGGUUAUGCUGUUGCUGAUUCCGUUUUUCAGCAGCUGUCUAGAAGAAAGCAACAGUGUCGUGCAGUAUUUGCCUGGCAUGUUUGGGUGGAUGGACAUGCCUUUCGAAGGUUUAGAAUGAUUUCUAAACUUGUUCUUAUAUGCAGGUGCUUUAGGCUUACUGCCAGCUUCUAGAUAGUUCAAAGUUUCAUCCAAAGUAUUGGUGGGGAAAGUGGUUAUGGCAACUAAGCAUUGUGAGUCUCAACAAAUUGUGCUGGAAGACAUGCAACAUAUAACUUUUAAAAGGAAUGCAAUGGAGGCUGUGUGCUCUCAACAGUCAACUCAAGAAUGCAUCCUCGCGGAAGAGUCAACAGAUUUUAUAAGAACUGCUGAAGUAUCAGAGAAAGGAUUUAUGCAAUACGGAUGUUCACAUUAUAGGAGAAGGUGCCGCAUUAGAGCUCCUUGUUGCAAUGAGAUAUUCGAUUGUCGCCAUUGUCAUAAUGAGGCAAAGAAUAGCAUUAAUAUUGAUCAAAAGCAAAGGCAUGACAUUCCCCGCCAUCUAGUGACACAGGUGAUAUGUUCACUCUGUGGCACCGAACAAGAGGUUCGGCAAGUAUGUGGUAAUUGCGGUGUAUGCAUGGGGAAAUACUUCUGCGAGACUUGCAAGUUGUUUGAUGAUGAUACUUCUAAGAAACAGUAUCAUUGCAAUGGCUGCGGAAUUUGCAGAAUUGGAGGGCGUGAGAACUUCUUCCACUGCUACAAGUGUGGUUGUUGCUACUCAAUUCUUUUGAAGAACAGCCACCCUUGUGUAGAAGGAGCUAUGCAUCAUGAUUGCCCCGUUUGCUUUGAGUACUUGUUUGAUUCAACAAAUGAUGUGACUGCUCUGCCAUGUGGACACACUAUCCACAAAAAUUGCUUGAAGGAGAUGCAGGAUCAUCUUCAGUAUGCCUGCCCUCUCUGCUCCAAGUCAGUCUGUGAUAUGUCCAAGGUAUGGGAGAAAUUUGACAUGGAGAUUGCAGCUACGCCAAUCCCAGAACCUUAUCAAAAUAAAAUGGUCAGCCUCUGUCUCUCUCGUUGGGUUCAAAUUUGUCUCUGCCAAGAGAGAAUUCAAUUGUACUACCCUUUUGGUCAGGAAGUUUUCAAAUUUGAACUGUAGAGGUUUGGAUCCUUUGCAACGACUGUGGGAAAUCAUCAAAAGUGCAGUACCAUGUGGUGGCUCAGAAAUGCAAGAACUGUAAAUCCUACAACACUCGCCAAACAAGAGGCUGAUCAAGUGCAGCGGCUAGAGCCAUGACUGUUACAUGCGUACUCCUAUGUAUGCACAAGUAAUUGGAGGGGUGGUUAUUCCUCCGACCUCUUUCUCUUGGUCAUCGUGAUCCUUCUUGGUCAUGCAUCUUGUUCCCGGCCAGGAGAUCUGUCAAGAUCCACCCUAUUCUGCCACCUGUUCUCCGCCAGGAGAUCGAUCUGCCACGAUCUCCUGUUUCCUGCCUUGUUUUCAUUUUUUUUCCUCGUUACUUUUUUCCUUGUACCCUAUUUGGCUUGCACUCAUAGAGACUAGUCUCAUCUGUGGCGAUCAUGCGGACAGCGUGUACGAUUCGUGCCCUUUCUAAAAUAUGUGAGACAAUAUAGUAAUGUCCUCAUGUACUUGGGAAUUAUUACCCUAUGGUUUUGGUAAAACGAACUCUUUUAACAGCCUGAUGAGAAGAUUUAAGGCUCGCAAGCAUACUGUACAUAGUGAGAUUUAAAGAUACAAUACCUCUUAUGGUUCGAA